UAUUCCUCAAUUUUAAUUUAAUAAGUUUGUGCAACAAAUUUGUAUUAAAAAAUAAAGAUAAAAUAUAUUUAAAAUGCCGAGAGGUGGAUUUAUUAAAAAAAGCAAUUUUAAUAGAGAAGGAAGAGUUAAUUAUGAUGAGCAUGAUGAUCGUGAUAGAAAAAGAACACAAAGGCGUGUUAGUUUCAAACCUUCAAAUUUUAAUCACGCAAACAAGAGACAUAUAAAUGAAAUCGCAAUAAAGGCUCAUCUUGGCGAAGAAGAUGAUACUAUGGAUGAAGUUGAAAUUGGUGGUGUUGGGCGCAAUAAGUUUCGUUCAGGGGAUAAUCGUCAUAAUAGACGUAGAGGAUCUCCAAUCCCUAAAGGAAAACUAAAUCAACUUCCGGGAAUAUCAAAAUUCAGCAGGUCAAUCAUGCCUAGUUCUUUUGGUUGGUAUCAGGUUACUAUACCUUAUGGCCAAAAAUAUCGGAAAGAGGAUUUGAUUAGGAUACUACUUGAAACAAUUUCACCUGAAGUAUUUAUACCACAUUAUUGGCGUGAAGAAAAAACAAUGGCCAUUUUCUAUGUUGACGAUGCUAAAAUUGCAACACUAUUUCAAAAUAAAUCAGGAAAAGUACAAAUGAGUGAUGGAUUUCGACUAAAUAUUAGAGUUAGAAGUGGUGUUCCGCCAGUGAUUGUGGAUGAGCCUUUUAAGGAUCGAAUGAAGCUAGUUAUGGCAAAAAGAUAUAAUUCGGAGACGAAAGCAUUGGAUUUAUCACAAUUUCAUGCUGACCCAGGUUUUAAAGACAUGUUCUGUGCUUUGUUUAGACCGCAGGUUAUGUCCGCAGUUUUAAACAUAAUUGAAACAAAUAUUCCGAAUCUCGAAGCUCUGAAUUUAAAUGGUAAUCGUAUAACAGCUUUUGAAGGCUUUAGGAACAUUGCAGAAAAGGUUCCGAAUUUAAAAAUUCUGUACUUAGAGGAUAACAGAAUUACUUCAUUAGGAGCAUUAAUGGUCUUUCGAGAUUUACCUGUUAUAGAACUUGUGCUGUCAAAAAAUCCUUUGAAAAAUCGUUAUAAAGAUGAAACAGUUUUUAUAGGCGAUAUACGACGAAAAUUCCCAAAACUACUUAAACUGGAUGGAAAGAUGUUGGAGCCUCAUAUAGGAUUUGAUGUUGAGGAAAAUAAAAACUUGCCAAAGCCAGAAGCAUCAUAUUUUUGCAACGCUGCUGGAGUUGAUAUUGUUAGAGAAUUUUUGAAACAAUAUUUUCUAAUUUACGACUCAGAAAACCGGCAACCUCUUUUGGAUGCUUAUCAUGAACAGGCAAUGUUAUCUCUAUCAGUACCUUUAGCCAGUCAAAGUGGGAGGCUUUCAGCCUAUCGUAACUACAAUCAUAAUUUAUUAAGGACAAAUGAUAAGGAUGGAAAAUUCCGUUUGAUUAAAACGGGGAAACUUCAGGUGGUGUCUUUUUUAACUGAACUACCAAAAACUCAACACGAUUUGAUGUCAUUUUCAGUUGACUUAUCAAUUUUUACUCCCACUUUGAUCGUAUUUACUGUUGCUGGACUAUUUAAAGAAAUUCUAGCAACAUCAUCAUCUACUUCUCAAGCUGGAGAUUUACGUUAUUUUCAAAGACUUUUUGUGGUAAUACCAGGAAUGAGUGGUGGAUAUUGUAUUCGAAAUGAAAUGAUGUUGAUAACGGUUGCAACACACUUACAACAUCAAAAAGCAUUUAAAGAACCUGAAAUAGUUAAUGUUUCAGAAACAACUUCAACAAAUUCCAGAACUGAUAAUUCUCUGCAAAGUAGACUUGAGCAAGGUAUGCAUCAACCAGUACCUACACAGAUUUCGUCAAUUGCACCAGUAGUUAAUGAUGCGGCUAAAAUUGAUAUGGUACGAGAAAUGUCUGAACGUAGUGGAAUGAACUUGGAGUGGAGCAAAAAGUGCUUAGAAGACACUAAUUGGGAUUUCAAUUAUGCGGCGUUUGUUUUCGAUAAACUGCAGAAGGAAAGUAAGAUACCUCCACAGGCCUUCGUUAAAUAGUUUCAUUGAAAAAAAAAACUGCCUGACAAAAUUCAAUCAACUGCUUUAUCCUCUUAGUGUUUCAUAAAUUUCUAAUUUUGAAUCACAAAAUACUGUGGUUAUUAAUAUAAGUGAUUUAAUUUAAUUUUAAUUAUCUUAUAAAGAGUAUAUUAUUUAGAUAUGUUCGUAUUUUCCAAAUAAGAGAAUUGUAAUAAAAUAACUUUUAAAAAUGAUUUUGAAGAAAAAGUUUAAAAAUGUUUUCUAUAAAACAUUAUUUUUAAUUAAUUUGUUACAUGUGAUUAAUUAAGUUUAUAAAGUCUUGUACUAACAUAUGUGUCGCAUCUCACAUAUAAUGUACUGUAACUCUUACUAUAAAACGAAACGUAACGGGGAUAGAAACGUAAUCAGAACUUGCAAAAUCUCUUAGCUGUAUCAUAUCUGACUUAUAAGUUGUUGAAAUUAAGAAAAAUAUUUUCUUAAAUUUUUAAAGAACAACUUUUUAAUUGUAAAUUUAUUUAAACAUGCUCAUAUGAAAAAUGAACCAAAAUUGUAAAAUGCAAGUGCAGAGUAUGUGCAAAUAAAACAAAAAGCAAAAAAUUUUUUGCUGUUACAAUACGUUAGAUGAAGGAUGCGACAUCUAUAUAUGUAAAUAUUGGAUUAUAUUGAUAAUAGGUUUUACAAUUAAGAAUAUAAAAAACAGCAUAUUAAUGUUUUUUUUUUUAAGUAAUAUUAUAAUGCAAUGUAAAAAUGAUUCUGUAAUAGUAAGAACAUUUAAUAAUUUUUAUCUAAUUUAGUUGAAAACAUGAAGAUUCUACAAAUUAAUAUUAUUAUUUAGUGUUUAUUUAGGUAAAUAUAAAUUUUAAUGAAAAUAAAAAUUUUACUAUUGAUAAAAACUGAAUAAUGAAAUUAAAGAUAUUUGAGUUGUUUAGGGAAAGUAAAUUUUGUGUUGAUGUAUAUUGUUUAUAUAUUUAAGUUCUUCGAUGAAUUUUAUUGGAAGGAAUCAUAAAUUUAAAAUUAUUAACAAUAAUUUUAAGUUUUGAAGGUUUUUCCAGCUUUGAACUGCACAUUUAAAAAUAUUGAAAAUUUGUUUAAUAUAGCUGUUUGAUUCUAAUGUGUAAAAUAUAACGAAUUUAAGAUUUUUAGAUUUUAUGAAUAUUUUUUAACAUUAAAUAAAUAUAAAGCAUGAUAAA